AUGGGGAUUAUUCAGUUACAGAUUUAGCUUUGCGAAAACCAAACACUAAAUUUUCCUAGUCCAAUUUUCUAGUUGUAUAAAUUUGAAGCUAUGAUUGUUCUACCAAGACUUGCUUGCGCCAGUCACUCCCUCAGCCCCUGUUCCGGGGGCAACCAGAAGGGCUGCAGCUGCGCGGCGAUGCAGCAGCCGCUGCGGCGCUCGAGUAGCUGUGAUAAGUUCGUGGUGGUGAUGGUGCGGCACGGUGAGUCCGAGUGGAACCAGAAGAAUCUCUUUUGCGGCUGGUACGACGCCCAGCUGAGCGAGAAGGGACAGAAGGAGGCGAUUGCGGCGGGCAAGGCCAUCAAGGAUGCCAAAAUGAAGUUCGAUAUAGCGCAUACGUCGGUGCUGUCGCGAGCGCAGAAAACGCUCGAUAUCAUACUGAAGGAAUGUGGACAGGAGGGCAUACCGAUACAGAAGUCGUGGCGCCUCAACGAGCGCCACUAUGGCGGUCUGACGGGGCUCAACAAGGCGGACACUGCCAAGAAGUAUGGCGAGGACCAGGUGAAGGUCUGGCGUCGCAGCUUCGACACGCCCCCGCCGCCCAUGGAGCAGGAUCACCAGUACUACGAGUGCAUAACCAAGGAUCCCAGAUACUGCGAUGGCCCCAAGCCCGCGGAGUUUCCCAAGACCGAGUCGCUGAAGCUGACCAUCGAGCGCACCAUGCCCUACUGGAACGAGGUGAUUGUGCCCCAGAUAAGGGAGGGCAAGAAGCUGAUCAUUGCCGCGCACGGGAACAGCCUGAGGGGAAUCGUCAAGUAUCUGGACAAGAUUUCCGACCAGGCCAUCAUGGAGCUGAACCUGCCGACGGGUAUACCCUUUAUCUAUGAGCUAGACGCCAGCAUGGCGCCGGUGACGUCCAUGAAAUUUCUGGGUGAUCCCGAAACAGUCAAGAAGGCCAUGGAAGCCGUGGCCAAGCAGGGCAAGGCUAAGUAGUUAUUUCUAGGGUUCGACGCAUUUGCUGCAGAGCGCAGCUAAAUAAAUUGCCAUAAAUACGAGAAGAAGGUCAAAACAAUAUAUUGCCCAAUGCACUUGCACAGAUGCUGGGCACAAUCUGUGUUUGUGUCUGAAUCCGAAUCAAAAUCGGAAUCGGAAUUGAGAGA